AGGUUCUUUUCCCGUGGUUAACGGGCCUGCUGGCUUAAGCCGUUGAAGCCGAAGGCCGCAGGAACGGGCCGCCCGUGGGUCGCCGCUCAGACUCCACGCGCUCCGCCCCGUUGCUUGUGUCGUCGUGCGAGGGGGUGGGACCGCUUAAACCUGUCCGCGGAUACUCGGUGUGGCAGGAGGAGUGGAUGGCGCUGCCCUCCGUUCACAGGUGCCUCCAACUCAGUCAAGAAAAUCAGCUGCUGCUUAAAAAGCUGAGGCAUACACGACUAAAAAACAAGCAGUUGGAAUAUGACUUGGCACAGUUACAGAAAGAACUGCAUGUACAACAGACGUUAAUACCAGCCUUUGUCACAAAGAGAGAUGUGCCAGUUCAAACAGAAAACCACUUAUACCAUAGAGGUGAUGGGAUUUACCUCAAGGAAAAUGCAAUAGUAAAGGAAAAUGCUAGAGUACGCCAGAUGUAUAGUAAUCUGCAGAAAAAGUAUAAUAAAGAAUUAAAAGCAAACCAAGGACAAAGUGAAACGAUCGCAACACUUUCUGUUAAAAUUAAUGAUUUGGAACAGCGACUUCAGUUAGCAAACCAAAAGAUAAAGGAGUUAGAAAGCAAAAAGGUGUCAAAAAAGGACAAAAAGGUUGCGCCAGAGGAAAAAAUAUUACCUCACAAAUGCAUGUGCAAAAGAAGGGGGAGCUGUUCCUGCAAAUAUUUAGACCAGUUGCUUUAUGAGAUUCAGCGUCUGAAGAUGGAAAAUGAAACACUAUCCAAAGAAAGAAGAAUGUUGAGAAAUGAGCUUGCCGCAUUAGACAAGGAUUUUUUUGAUGAAAUAGAAGAUUUAAAAUAUGCUCUUAAAGAAGUCAUAAAAUUGAAUACUCAAUAUGAAAAGUGUAUGAAGGAACUAAGUUCAACUUAUGGAAUAACUUUUUCAUCCAUGUUGACAUCUGGUAAUCAUCGUGUAGCUUCAUACAAAUAAAAAAUUCGGACUGUUGGGAACUGUAAAAUUAACUUACUAUCAAGGCAACUUUCUAUGUUUUGCAAUAAAAUGACUUUUAAAAUCU